UCUCCUCUGCCUCUGGUUUUAAAAUGUGAAACAGCUCUUUGAAGAGAAAGAGAGGGGAGGGCAAUCAUGUACUUCCACUCUGCUUCAACGAUAAGGAGUGUUUAGUGAGCUGAGGCUAACCUAAAUACCAAACGCAACACAGAACUGCAGCUAGAGAUACAGCUGAGGACCUGACACAACACAGGCAUGAACGACAUCAAGCUGGCCCUACUGGGAAGCCAGGGGGCUGGGAAAUCAGCUGUCCUCGUGCGCUUCCUGACCAGACGCUUUAUUGGUGAAUAUGCCUCAAAUACCAACUCUUUGUACCACAAAAGACUGUCGAUCGAUGGCAGGCAGCUGAAUUUGGAGGUUUUUGACCCCUGCUCUCAGGGUUCGGAGGCCAGGUGUAUACUUGAAGAGCCAGUGGACUGGGCAGAUGGCUUUGUGGUGGUGUACAACAUCAGUGACCGCACUUCCUUCAUCAAUGCCAAAAACAUCCUGCGGCAGAUUCGGGAGACACGCAUGGAGAACUGCAAAGGGGAGAUGGAUGUUCCUGUUUGCCUGGUUGGCAACAAGCAGGACCUCUGCCAUGCUCGUCAGGUGCGUGAGGAUGAAGGCCGCGGUCUGGCGCAGGAAAACCGCUGUAAUUUCCAGGAGGUCUCAGCAGCCGAGAGCUACCAAGACAUUGCCAACCUCUUCACACAGCUCAUCCGGCAGGUGAUGGAGCAUCUGAAGUAUCGCGCUGACAGACGACGCUACAGCGGCUCAAAGUCUAUGGCCAAACUCAUCAACAAUGUUUUUGGCAAGAGGAGGAAGUCCGUAUGAUGAUCCCAGUACAGUUAGCAGCUAAUCGGACACUGAGAUGUCCCUGCUGUACGUGGCCCUUAAGGGGAUGCAACCUUAAUGUGUUGGGUUUGAUGUGUGAUGUGUUGGUCUAUACACUCAACAGAAAACUGUUGAGUGUAUAGACAAUGAUAGAAACAGUGAACCUCUUUAUAUCAUGAGCAACAUGAGUGGUUGGUGGAAAAAUUCAGACGGCCAUAGUUACUAAAUUUACAGGCAAAUAUAUAUCUUGGCAAAGUUUUGUUUUUCCUUUGGUUAUUUUGACUUUGCCUUGGGUAUGUUUCUCUGAUGAAAGGGCCAAAUACAGUGAGGCAGUCAAAAAAAAGCAGGUAUGUUAAAUAGAGCAACACUAUACAGGAGAGGGAAGCAUAAAAAGAUAUUUACUACAUACACUUUUUAUUCUUUUUCUCUUAAUGUGUAUUAACUGAACCUUUGGUGAAAUGCCUACUUUUUAUAUUUAAAGGACCUGUGUGUAGUACCAGCACCUAGAGGAUAAAGAUUGCAACUAACUGAAUACCUGUCACUUUCUAAGCACGUAACUAAACCUAAUUUGGCCUCCAAAAUAGCCUCUCUAUAGAAACAGUUCCACUUGUCCAUCAUGGGCUGCUAUAGAAGCAUCAAUAUGAGGAGCUAUGUGUAGGAGCACUUGCUCCCUGUAUAAAUAUGCAGAGGUGAAAAAACAUGUUUAUUGUUAAUUAUUAGACCAUGGGUUUCCAAUCACUGACUGUACUUGGUCACACUUUCCAAAAACAGAUCGGAUCUGGCUGAGAGACUGAAAACAGACGUGGAACGUGAACAUAUUCCACAGCAAUCAGCAGCUCUUGCAAAAAUAGUUUAGUUUGUUUUAUUUUAGUUGUUUUAACAGUUUUUAAUACUUUACAUAGCUACGGCUACUUUCUAAGCAAAAUUUCUGUCUGAUUUAUUGGUGUAGUUUAAACGUAUGAAAAAAGGUUACCUUAACACUUCUUAUCUUAUUCCAACAACACAACAUGGGAGGCUGAUCAGCUGUCUUUUAUUUGUCGAAAGCUUGCACUGCAUCACCGACUCCUGCAUCAGUACAGUGUAGGCCAACAGUGAUGACACUGAAUGAAACUUUCAACACCAUAUUGCAUGCCUUCAUUUUGUGACUGGUUCAGUUAGCUUUACUUUACCAGAGUAUUGCCCCUAUAGUUCAGCGUUGUGUAGUCUUUUGCUCAGCGUCCUUUUAUACUGGUAUAAUAUUUCAGAGACAGUAUAAUUGAUGUAUAUUCUCAUAGUAAUGCCACUCUUUGGAAACCAUAAUGUUUUAUUUACUGGAUCACUGAACUGUGAUUUGUAAUACGCAUACUGUGUAAAUCCUCUGAUUGUCUAAUACAUAAUAUGGUUUAUUUAACAGCUCCUGCUGUAUGAACACUUAGUUUAGCUGUGGUCAUUAUCACUAAAAUGCUGAACGUUACAUUUAACACAAUUUAUUUAGUUGAAUGGAAAAGUCCAAAGACAUGAACAGGGUUAGGUUA